UCUAACUAAACUUGUCCGACCAUAUUGCUCUCGAGGGACUUUGACAAGUCUCCGUCCAUACAGGCCUCUCUUCAAGGACACGAACCCCAUGUGCCUCUACUUUCUCACAAGAUAUCACAUACAGCUAUUCCAACAUUUAAGAGACAUUAUAAUAACCCAGAAGAAGACUGACGUAGACAAAUCGCCACCAUAAGUAACCGGCAUGUCUUUGAUGAAUGGUCAAAGCAGCCGUUUACCUCCUGAGGAAGCAUAUCCCCAAGCAGUUGUCCAUCGACACAGCAGCACGAGAAAUCACCAUCCAUUCAAUCACCUCCCCUCGGCACGCCAAACCCGGAUCAUUGGCAUCGCAGGUCCAGACUCUCUCUCUCUCUCUAAGCCUACGGCAAGGGAAGGGAACCGCGGUCGAGAGCCCCGUUUCAGACGAGCCUUCCUUUGACGAACCAGCAACUCCCCAGGGCCGUAUCCAUGGGAAUUUCUCAUCCGUCCGACAGACAGCUGCCAGUCCCCCCAUCGUUCUCUCCCCUCUCUUUCUCCCGGGUGGGAAGCCGACAGGACGACAGCUUGUGGGGUUGGAAGAGUUGGGAUAUCGUAUGCACGAUCCGUACGGGACGACUAUUCCACCCCUCUCCAUGUCCUGUCUUGCCUCUUGCCUUCCAGUCUCCGAGACCCCAAGUCGAAACUAGGUUCCUGGAUAUAGCCGAGUCUUAGGGGAAGUAAUGCCUUGCGACCUGUUCUUCUCUUCUCACGGGAAGCCACUGGCUUUGGCUCUAGCUUAUUUAGAUACACAGAUGGUAUACUCCUCCUUCUCAAAAAGAGGAAACUACUGAGCUGUCCACCUGGGGCACGUCAAGCAUAUUCACUAAAUGUUCCCGUCUCGGGACAUAAAACGAAACCGAGGCCCAUGCUCAAUUUUCGUCUCAAGUUUUUCUUGCUGGGUGUCGUUGCCGUGGAAUUACGGAUCGACCAAAAAGAGUCUCCAUUGAAAAAGGGUUUUUUUGUAACAAGUGACCCAGCACACCGGGUGACCAGUGACCAUUAGGAAACCCCCUACUCCUCCUCCUCGGCCGAGACAGUAGUGGAAAGGGGGGGAAACCACUUUGCUGAAGUUGCUCUCUCUCUCUCUCUCUCUCUCUCUCUCUCUCUCUCUCUUGUUACAGAACUUCAGGGGACAUGGG